AAUUUUAAAUUUGUUUAACAAAAGGAUGACGCUCGAGCAGAAUGUUCUCAUAAAGACGGUGGGAAAGAAUGUAAAGAUUAAAAAAUAAAAUGCUGUUUAAGAAAUAUAGGGAAAGAAAUAAUAAAAUAAGUAGGAAAAUAAAUUCUUUCUGGUUCAUUUAAUUUAACUUAAAUUAGUUUUCCUAUAAGAGCCAUGAUUCCCAAAAGUGCAUUAGAAAAAGCUUUAUAUUCGACUUGUUUAUUUCCUUUAUAUAUGAACUUGGCUGCCUAAACAAAUAAUUAUAUAGAACGAUUUAAAUUUGUCAUAUGUGCUACUUUAGGGAAUUUUUAUAUCAAUUGUGGUUUUUUGAAACCUUUAAAUCCUAUUUUGGGAGAAACUUGUUCUGGAUAUUAUUUAGAUGGGACAAAAAUGUAUGCUGAGUAAAUUAGCCAUCAUCCGCCUGUGUCUUAUUUUUUAGUUUAUGGACCAAAUGGAAGUUAUUUGUAGUUCGGAAACUAUAAUUAUGAGUCUAAUGCUGGUAUUAAUUCUUUGUAAUUAAAAAAUAAAGGAAAUAGGCAAGUGAAGUUUUAUGAUGGUUAAACUAUUAAGUAUAAUUAUGUUAAAGAAGUCUAUUCUGGAUCUUUUUUUGGAAGUAUGAAAGUCGAAAGUAAAGGUUCUUUGAGUUUUUAAGAUUCACAAAAUGGAAUUUUUGCGAAUAUAGAUAUUGAUUAAGUAAAAAAAAAACCUUCAGAUUAUUUCCAAGGAGAAAUUAAGUGCGCUUAAAAUGGAGUUUCAAUUAAAAUAUAUGGAACUUAUAUGGGAUAUAUUGAGUUUGAUGGGGAUAGAUAUUGGGAUUAUAGACAUAUUAUGCCUUUUAAACCUAUUUUUAAUAAAAAUUAACUAAAAAUAUUAUAUUUAUAUAUGAACGUAAAAUUAAUUAUUUAUACACUUUAAAUUGGAGUUCAUUUAAAUUAUUAGCAAAACACAUACAUUUACCAUCAUUUAUCUGUUUGCAAUUAUAAAUAUGAUGAUGAUUUUUUUUAUUAUUCAGUUAAAUAAGCAGGUUCUGUAUUAAAAUAAGUACUCGAAAUCUAUUUUUAUCUUUGA